UGUACAGUUUGCGACGGUGCCCUCAACGGCAAUGGCGAGCGUGACGGAUAGCGGCAGUGAGAAGAUGGCGGAGGAAGAACGGAAUGCCAAUGCCGAGAAACUCAAGGAGAAGGCCAAUACUUACUUUAAAGACAAAGACUAUGAGAACGCAAUCAAGUAUUACACAGAGGCGAUCGAGCUGAACCCUACUAAUGCCAUCUACUUUAGCAACCGCAGUUUGGCCUACCUGCGCACAGAGUGCUAUGGCUAUGCCCUGGCCGACGCCACCAGGGCACUGGAGGCGGAUAAGAACUAUAUCAAAGGCUACUACCGACGGGCCACUUCCAACAUGGCACUGGGAAAGUUCAAGGCCGCGCUCAAGGAUUAUGAGACGGUAGUACGGGUGAGGCCCAAUGACAAGGAUGCCAAGAUGAAGUACCAGGAGUGCAACAAGAUCGUCAAGCAGAAGGCCUUUGAGCGGGCCAUCGCCAGUGAUGAACUUAAGAGAUCGGUGGUCGACUCCUUAGACAUUGAAAACAUGACGAUUGAGGACGAGUACACAGGUCCCAAACUAGAGGAGGGGAAAGUCACGCUGAAGUUCAUGAAGGAACUAAUGGCCUGGUUCAAGGACCAGAAGAAGUUGCACAGAAAGUGUGCCUACCAGAUGCUGAUCCACGUUAAAGAGGCUUUAUCCAAACUUCCUAGUCUUGUUGAGAUUACGCUUAAAGAGACAGAGAAAAUCACCGUUUGCGGUGACACACAUGGUCAGUACUAUGACCUCCUCAACAUUUUUGAGCUGAACGGUUUACCUUCCGAGACCAACCCCUACCUGUUUAAUGGGGAUUUCGUUGACCGCGGCUCGUUCUCAUUAGAGGUCAUCCUCACACUCUUCGGCUUCAAGCUGCUCUAUCCCGACCACUUCUUCCUGCUGAGGGGUAACCACGAGACGGACAAUAUGAACCAAAUGUACGGCUUCGAGGGUGAGGUGAAGGCCAAGUACACGGCACAGAUGUUCCAGCUGUUCAGCGAGGUCUUCCAGUGGCUGCCACUCGCACAGUGCAUCAACGGCAAAGUGCUGGUGAUGCACGGAGGCCUGUUUAGUGAGGACGGCGUAACCUUGGACGACCUGCGAAAGAUUGAGAGGAACAGACAGCCUCCAGACUCCGGUCCCAUGUGUGACCUCCUGUGGUCUGACCCACAGCCUCAGAACGGGCGCUCCGUCAGUAAGCGAGGCGUGAGCUGCCAGUUUGGGCCAGAUGUGACGCAGCGCUUCCUGGAGCAGAACAAGCUGGACUACAUAAUACGCAGCCACGAGGUCAAGGGCGAAGGCUACGAGAUCACCCACUCAGGGAAGUGCAUCACCGUGUUCUCGGCGCCCAACUACUGUGACCAGAUGGCUAAUAAAGGAGCCUAUAUCCACCUCAAGGGAUCUGAUCUCAAGCCAGAGUUUCACCAGUUCACUGCUGUGCCUCAUCCGAAUGUCAAGCCCAUGGCAUACGCCAACACCUUGAUGCAGCUGGGCAUGAUGUAGAGGCUACGCUGCGUUUGUCCGAGUCUUCGUCUCAGUCUGCUGGACCACAGUUGGACAGCAGCUGGUCACCUGCUCUCUCCUCCGUGCACUCUAGCACCCCCGCCCGGCCCCCCCGCC